GUGGACAAGGGCGUGGUGCCCCUGGCUGGCACCAACGGCGAGACCACGACCCAGGGGCUGGACGGGCUGAUGGAGCGCUGUGCGCAGUACAAGAAGGACGGCGCUGACUUUGCCAAGUGGCGCUGCGUGCUGAAGAUCACGGCGCACACGCCCACGCGCCUCGCCGUCAUGGAGAACGCCAACGUGCUGGCGCGCUACGCCAGCAUCUGCCAGCAGAACGGCAUUGUCCCCAUCGUGGAGCCCGAGAUCCUCCCGGACGGUGACCACGACCUCAAGACGUGCCAGUACGUCACCGAGAAGGUCCUGGCCGCCGUGUACAAGGCGCUCAGUGACCACCACGUGUACCUGGAGGGGACGCUGCUGAAGCCCAACAUGGUGACAGCGGGACACGCCUGUGCCACCAAGUACAGCCCCGAGGAGAUCGCCAUGGCAACGGUGACCGCGCUGCGCAGGACCGUGCCACCCGCCGUGCCAGGGAUCACGUUCCUGUCGGGGGGUCAGAGCGAGGAGGAGGCCUCCCUGAACCUCAACGCCAUCAACCGCUGCCCGCUGCCGCGGCCCUGGGCGCUGACCUUCUCCUACGGCCGCGCCCUGCAGGCCUCGGCCCUCAAGGCCUGGGGCGGCAAGAAGGACAACACCAAGGCGGCCCAGGAGGAGUACGUCAAGAGGGCACUGGCCAACUCUCUGGCGUGCCAGGGUAAGUACACGCCCAGCGGCACCGCGGGGGCGGCGGCCAGCGAGUCCCUGUUCGUGUCCAACCACGCCUACUGAGCGGUGGGCACCCAUGGACAUCAUCCAUGGACAUCCGCUGACCAUCCAUGGACCUCCGCUGACCAUCCAUGGACCUCCCCUGGACACCGCUGGACAUCCAUGGACAUCCGCUGACCAUCCAUGGACAUCCGCUGACCACCCCCUGGACACCGCUGGACAUCCCCUGGACACCCCAUCCAACCACACCUACUGAGCGGUGGGCACCGCUGGACAUCAUCCAUGGACAUCCGCUGACCAUCCAUGGACAUCCGCUGACCAUCCAUGGACAUCCAUGGACAUCCGCUGACCAUCCAUGGACCUCCCCUGGACACCGCUGGACAUCCAUGGACAUCCAUGGACAUCCGCUGACCAUCCAUGGACAUCCAUGGACAUCCGCUGGACAUCCAUGGACAUCCAUGGACACCGCUGGACAUCCAUGGACCUCCCCCGGACACCGCUGACCAUCCAUGGACCUCCGCUGACCAUCCAUGGACAUCCGCUGGACAUCCCCUGACCAUCCCCUGGACACCCCAUCCAGCCACACGUACUGAUGGAUGGACACCACUGACCAUCCAUGGACAUCCCCUGGACACCCCAUCCAGCCACACCUACUGAGGGAUGGACAUCCAUGGACAUCAUCCACGGACAUCCAUGGACACCGCUGGACAUCCGCUGACCAUCCCCUGGACAUCCAUGGACACCCCAUGGACACCCCAUCCAACCACACCUACUGAGGGAUGGACAUCUAUGGACAUCAUCCAUGGACACCGCUGGACAUCCAUGGACAUCCAUGGACACCACCGACCAUCCACUGACCAUCCCCUGGUCACCCCAUCCAACCACACCUACUGAUGGAUGGACACCACUGACCAUCCAUGGACAUCCCCUGGACACCCCAUCCAACCACGCCUACUGACCACCCAUGGACAUCCAUGGACACCUGCUGGACAUCCCCUGGACAUCCAUGGACACCUGCUGGAAAUCCAUUGACCAUCCCCUGGACACCCACUGGCCACCUGCUGACCACUGCCCACUGACCGCAGGACAUCUGCUGACCACCCCUGGACACCCACUGACCACCCAUGGACCUCCUGCUGACCACCCAUGGACCUCCUGCUGACCACUGCCUGCUGACCACCCAUGGGCUGCUGGCCAUCUGCUGACCACCUGCUGACCACUGACCUCCUGCUGACCACUGACCUCCUGCUGACCACUGACCACCUGCUGACCACUGACCACCCUCAGGCCACCCAGUGGCCACUGUGGCCACCUGCUGACCACCCACUGACCACUGGCCACCCUGUGGUCACCCCGUGGUCACUCACUGACCGCUGGCCACCCCGUGGUCACGCCGUGGUCACGCCGUGGUCACCCCGUGGUCACGCCGUGGUCACCCUGUGGUCACGCCGUGGUCACGCCGUGGUCACCCUGUGGUCAGGCCGUGGUCACGCCGUGGUCACGCCGUGGUCACCCUGU